AAAUUUCAUUCAACACAUUUUACAAUGUAUUUGCUUUGUCAGAAAUUCCUGAUCUCAAUGAUUAACUUCAGAAUUUCCAAAUAUGGUACUUGGGAACCUAUGUGAAUCACAUGACCUUGAGCUUUAUGCGUUGUGUGUUUUGCUUCUUGGAGAUGAAAACAACACUAUGUGUUUGAGAGUAUAAAAUUACAUUUUGAAUUUGGGUGCUGUCCGAGAAAUGUUUGCCUAAGGUGUCUCUGGGACGGUGAAUGAAAGGAACAGCUGAAUAUGAGCUCUCUCAUGUUGGGUUGCUCAAAUGAGUCAUAUCUGUUUGCUUUACUAUUGUCGUGUGUGUGUGUGCAUGUGCGCACACGUCUGUAUGCGUGCUGUACACACUGUUUUAUGCCGUUAGAAAGAAAAAUACUCUUGAAUCCUAAAGGUUGCUCAUUAUGCAGUGUUAAAUGCAGGAAAUUUUAAUUUAUUGUACCACCAACAUAUUGCAUUGGACACGUGUUUCUUCAAAAACACUGAUUACCUAAUCGGCUGCUAAAUGACAUUGGGACAAACAUAAUUAGUUUUUGCCCAAACCCUGUUUCCCUAACCAGUGUCAUUGAGUUUCUUCGCAUUAGUACUCAAAUGCCUCAGAACUCACAUUGACUCAAAUGCCUUUUAUUGUUUGAAUUUAAAUGUCUUGACAUUGAAGAGAGAAAAAGUUUUUUGAGAAAAGAAGAGGGUGGAGAUAAAGGGGAAAAGGGAAUUAUUUUGAUUUUGUAGUUGGUGGCAGAUAAUCAAAAAAAAUAAUCACAAUCUUUACCGAUUACAUUAAAACAGAUCGCCAUAUAUUACAUGAUGGUACGUAAAUUCUAAGUUCAGUAUUAUCUAUAAUUAUUGCUGAUAUGUUCAUUAUAUUUAACCUAUUGCAGAUGAUAGAUUAAAGAUGGAUCUGUAGACAGAUAGUCAGACAGACAAAUGGAUUGACAGAUAGAGGUAUAGACAGAGACAUAGAUGGAUAGAUACUGUAGAAAAUUAGAUAGACAUAUUGUAUAGAUAGGUAGGUAGAUGAAUAGAUAGGAUUGAUGGAUAUAUAUAGAGACAGGUAAAUAGAGUAAUAGAUGUCUAUAUAGGUCAGUGGAUGGAUGGAUAGACAGAUGUGGGUAGGUAUGUAGUGGGUAGAUAGACUACUAGACUAGGAUAGACUAGGUAUACUGAUGGAUGGAUGGAUGGAUAGACAGAAAGAUGGAUAUAGAAUAUAGUAUAUAGAAAGAGACCGAUGGAUAGACAUGGGUAGGUAGAUAGAGUAAUAGAUGUAUAUAUAGGUCAGUAGAUGGAUGAAUGGAUGGAUAGACAGAAAGAUGUAUAUAGAAUAUAGUAUAUAGAAAGAGACAGAUGGAUAGACAUUUAGUUAGGUAGGUAGAUAGAGUAAUAGAUAGACAGACAGAUGGAAAGAUGUAUAGAUAGGUAGGUAGAUGACAGACAUAGACUGACAGACAUUAUAGAUGUAUAUAGACAGAAACUAUAGAUGGAUAGACAUACAGGUGGAUAUACAGAUCUUGUUAAUCAGUAAAACUGCCCACUCAGGAAAGAAGUUUUUGUUCCUUGUUAUAAAUGUCUUUACACUUUUAUUCUUGUAAUGUUCUGCUUUUCUGCACACUUUAUACUUUGAGAGUUUGUUCGCCCACCUCUCUCCGUCUCCCUCAGAGUGGCAUUCUGGCCUGCAAUUAAGGUGAAGCCUCUAAACCUUAAUGAAGCACCAUUUUGCCGCUUACUUAUCUUUAUUUGUUGGUGGCUGAUGGGCCAUUUGCCAUAGGAAGCCUUUGAUAUCUGUCCAAGAGCCUCUCGCAGGGGAUUCGUUCGCUCUUUCUCCCCAUCUGCUGGAGUGGAAGAGAUUAAUCACUGUCUCUCUCUCUGGCUCUCCUGAGUGUCUGUGUGGCGUUCCCGUCUGAAGCGUUCCUUGUGAUCUGAGCGUGAAAGAGCUGAGACGCAGAGCUGAUGUGAGGGGAAUCCAGAGCAGGAGAGAGACGCGCGAGUCUCUCUGACCUCCACCAACUUCAAACGAGCUUGUUUUAUAUAACUGAGAGAAUAUGUGAUAAUGAAGGAGAUUCCUAAUUCGUGGUGAAGUUUAUGAACUAUCAGUUGCUAUUUACUCACUCUCAUGUUGUUCCAAACCAUGCCAUUCUUUAUUCUGUGAAACAGUGUGAACACUGUGAAAUUAGAAAAUAUCAGUAAUGGCCCUUUUUUCAUGUUAAUGUGUACUGAUGCUUUCAAGCUUCAAUAAGCAUGCAAAAAGCUCCAUAAAAGUAGUCAAUAUGACUCAUGCACAAUAAGUCAUAUGAUAGAUAACAAAAAAUCAAGUCAUUAUUUAUGAAUAAUCUUCCCCUUCAGAGAGCUGUUAAAGCAACUGUAAGUAGUUUUAUGUAUUUUCGACUUUGGAGCCCCCUACAGUUAAGUGAGUCUGUCACUGUCGUAAAUAUAUCACUGUCCCAAUUGCUGCCGCAAAGCAAUCCGCCAUUUUCGCGGAAUUUCGUACCCGCUCACCAAAAUUACAGACUCCCAGAAGAGACAUAUUGGGAAGUGUGGGAAAGAAACAGAAGCCAUUUGCCUUAUUAUAUGUCCAUCAGAAUGAUUUUAGAAAUGAUAGCCUAUUUCAAGGGCUGGACAGAUACAAGCCCUUCCCUCAUCAGCACACAUUAACAAUGUACAGAGGGAGAGGAAACCACUCAGAGAGAUUCGUCAUAACUCAUUAAUACAUUACUACGCUGAAUAAUACCUCUGUGCAAGGCAUACAGAUAGUUUGAGCGUUGAGAUUUCUUCUCAGAAUACAGCAGAAUGACGGAAGCCCAGGAUGUGUUAAAAAACAUCCAGCGAAAACCUGGCUUGCAGAUCUGGACCAUCAGUAAAAUGAAAAUGGUCCCUGUCCCAGAGCAAGCAUAUGGAAAUUUUUUUGAAGGUGACUGCUACAUUAUUCUUAAUGUGAGCAACAGCGCCACACAAUCCACUGACAUCCACUACUGGAUAGGCAAUGCAUCCUCUCAGGAUGAGCAGGGAGCAUCAGCCAUCUAUGUGACCCAACUGGAUGAGUGUCUCGGCAGCAGUCCAGUUCAACAUCGGGAGGUCCAGGGAAGUGAAUCAGCUAAAUUCAAAAGCUACUUCAAGAGUGGCCUCAUAUAUAAAAAAGGAGGUGUGGGAUCAGGAUUCACACAUGUGGAGACCAAUGUGUAUAACAUUCAGCGCCUGCUCCAUGUCAAAGGAACCAAACAUGUGACUGCAAGAGAGGUGGAGGUUUCCUGGAGCAGUUUUAAUCUAGGGGACAUAUUCUUGCUGGACUUGGGAAAAGCAAUAAUACAAUGGAAUGGUCCUCAAAGCAACAGACAAGAAAAAUUAAAGGCCGUUCUGCUGGCUCAGGACAUCAGGGACCGGGAGCGUGGAGGCCGGGCUCAGAUUGCUGUGAUUGAGGGUGGGCAGGAGGAAGCCUCUCCUGAGCUGAUGAAGAUCAUGAUAUCUGUUUUAGGUCAUAGGACUGGACACCUGAAAGAACCAAUCCCUGAUGAUAAUCCAGAUCAAAACCAGACCUCCAACGUCAAACUGUACCAUGUGUCUGAUGCCAGUGGUCAGCUGUUGGUACAGGAAGUGGCUACCAGUCCACUGACCCAGGAUUUGCUGAGAUCCACUGAUUGCUAUAUUUUAGAUCAAAGUGGCAGCUCAGUAAUGGUCUGGAAAGGAAAAGCAGCAUCAGAUGAAGAGAGACACUCAGCACUCAGUCGGGCGGUUGGCUUUAUAAAAGCGAAGAACUACCCAUCCAACACAAAAGUGGAGGUUAUGAGUGAAGGAGGGGAAUGUGCCAUGUUUAAACAUCUCUUCAAGUCCUGGAAAGAAAAAGGUCAAGCUCAAGGAAUGGGAAAGACGCACUCUGUAGGAAAGAUAGCUAAAGUGGAUCAGGUGAAGUUUGACGUCAUGGAGCUUCACGCUCAGCCAAAGCUGGCUGCUCAGGAGCGGAUGGUGGAUGACGCCUCAGGACAUAUUCAGGUUUGGCGCAUUGAGAAUCUUGAACUGAAGGAGGUAAACCCAAGCACAUAUGGACAGUUCUAUGGAGGAGACUGUUAUCUAGUGUUGUACACCUACAACAGAGCCAACAAACCACAGUACAUCCUCUACAUGUGGCAGGGUCGCAAUGCUACACAGGAUGAGGUGACGGCAUGUGCUUAUCAGGCAGUGAAUUUGGAUAACAAAUACAAUGGAGCCCCAACACAGGUCAGAGUGGUCAUGGGAAAAGAGCCCAGACACUUCCUGGCCAUCUUUAAGGGCAGACUCAUCAUUUUUGAGGGCGGGACAGGUAGACCAGGUGUUGUGAACCCUGAUCCUGGUGCCAGACUCUUCCAGGUCAGAGGGACACAUGAGAUGAACACCAAAGCAACAGAGGUGCCCUCCCGAGCCACCUCUCUCAACACCAAUGACGUCUUUCUGCUCAAAACUCAUCAGAAUGUCUUCCUGUGGUAUGGCAAGGGCUGCAGUGGAGACGAGAGGGAGAUGGGAAAAGCCGUAGCUGAUUUGCUUUCUGAGCAGGACAAGCAGAUUGUGAUGGAAGGACAGGAACCAGCUGCCUUCUGGGUGGCUUUGGGAGGGAAAGCUCCAUACGCCAGUGACAAGAGACUGGAGAAAGAAGUGGCGCUUCACGAACCUCGUCUGUUUGAAUGCUCCAAUCAGACGGGCCGAUUCCUUAUGACGGAAGUGGCUGACUUCACUCAGGAUGACCUGGACGAGGAUGACGUCAUGCUUCUAGACACCUGGGAGGAGAUUUUCCUUUGGAUUGGCAACUCAGCCAACCAGUACGAGACUCAGGAGUCCUAUAGCAGUGCAGUGGACUAUCUUAAAACCCACCCAGCCGGACGGGACCCUGGGACACCCAUCACCACUGUUAAACAAGGCUAUGAGCCGCCCACCUUCACUGGCUGGUUUAAUGCUUGGGAUGCUCACAAGUGGAGUGGUGGCCUUUCAUAUGAGGAGAUGAAAAGCAAGCUGGCUGAUAUUUCACAAAUCACUGUGAAUCUCAACAACACAAACCUGAAUAAGAAGACAGGAGGAGGUGGCGGGAGCUACAGCGCUCCUGGAGGUCCAGGAAAUAUAAAGUCUCAUAAUCAGAGGAUGUCCUCCUCCAUCUCCAAUGCAUACGUAGACCAGUCUCCCAGCGGAGCAAAGCCUUCUGGGAUGCUUCAUUCCGAGCAGCUAGUUAAAACAACUCAACAUCAGCUGCCUCAAGGAGUGGACCCUGAAAAACGAGAGGAAUUUUUGACUGAUGCAGAAUUUGAGAAUCUCCUCGGCUGCACCCGUGACAAUUUCCAGCGGCUGCCUAAAUGGCGUCAGAACGACCUUAAAAAGAAGGCAGGACUGUUUUGAGUUGGUUUUGCUAUAAAGAGAUACAGUCUGAUCUUCAGAUCUGAUUAUUAUGCUUUAUGUGUAUUUUGGGCUAGAAGAUUGUCACCUAUAAAAUGUUAUCGAUUUAUUUAUGUUUCGACUCAAAAGCUAACAUGACCUAAUAGAAAUGCUUUGUAAACAUCUUACAUUGAACAUCAAAAUUAUACCACCAAAAUAACUAUAUCAGUCACAUACAGUAGAACAUGUCUAAAUGACUUUUAGUGCUAAUAAAAACACAAUGUAUGCCAAGAAA